AUGAUAGACCAGCAAGGCUGGAAUGACCCAGUGGGCGUGCUCGGUGGUAGAAGUGCCCAGUGUGGGAUGUCGGAGCGGCAGGGGCGGCCGGAGCCUAGCAACAGCCUGUACGACAUCCUGCAGGUGGCGCCGUCGGCCACGGAGGACGAGAUUCGGCGCGCCUACCGGCGGCUGGCCCUGCGCUACCACCCCGACAAGAACCCGGGCGACCAGGCGGCGUCCGCGGAGCGCUUCAAGGCGGUGCAGCGCGCCUACCGCGUGCUGGGCGACCCGCGCCGCCGCCAGCUCUACGACCUGUACGGCUCGGCGUCGCUGGCCGAGGGCUUCCCCGACGGCCAGCUGUGGGUGCUGACGUCGGGCUGGGCGCGCUGCCUGCUCGUCGCCAUCUUCCUGGCCACCGUUCAACUGUCGCGCUGCGACAACAAACAAACAAAUCCGCGUUCUGACGGAGAUGAGGCGAGCGAGAUGCGUAUCACUGGCGUGAAGCACCGCAGGAGGGCUGUCCGCGGACCCUACCGUAUGCCUCGUCAGAGCACAGCUCGUCAGCGCACGAGCCAACGCAUUGGGACCUCCUUGUACGACUCGCUGGGCGUAGCGAGGGGUGCUUCGUCAGAGGAGAUCCAGAGGGCGUACCGGCACCAGAUGAGCAUCCUCCACCCCCGCAGGCACCAUCACGACCCGCACGCCGUGGAGAGGUACCACCAGGCGAGGCGCGCCUACAGCGUCCUAGGACAUCCCGACCGCAGGAGGAUCUACGACCGCUACGGCAACCUGGGAGUCCAGAUAGCAGAGACCGCCGGGGAAAGGGCCUGGGAGGACGAGCUGGAGGACGAGCACGGCGCAGACUUCUCCGACGACGAGCGCGGGGGCCGCCCUGACGAAUCUAGCGCCGACGAUGACGACGACGAGCACCGCGACCGCCCACGCCGCGGGAAGAAAGUUACUUACGGGAAGGCCACUGUCGUGGACUGA